UGGCUGCACACCGCCGCUUCAGAAAUCAAAUAUUCAACAUGUAUAGAUUGGUAAUGUGUGGCCAGUGAUGGUAUGUGUGUGAUUUAGGAAUGAGAAAACAACAGCCAACCCUCACCUGUACCUGAGAGAUCAAAACCAGGGCUAGGAUGCCCCUUGGUGAUCCAGUGAGGAAGUGUCGCUGUGAGUCAUAGUGCAAAGGUUUUUACUUUUGCUUUACAUCCCUGGCUUCUUUCUUACUGGAUUACUGGACGUAAAAACAUCUAAGUGGUUUUGCAGCAGCAAAGGAGACGCCUCCCCAUCACACAGAUUCUGACUCCACUUUCCUGUUUGGACAUGCCUCUGUUUCGGGCUUCGGGUGACCGUGGGGGGGCGAAGGCUCGGCCCGGGCAGAGGAGGACGAGGAGUAGGGAGUGGAUGAAGACGGAUGAAGAUGUCUCCGUCCUGUCGUUGACCCGGCUGUGUCUGCUGAGCCUCGCAGACAACAUGACGGAGGUGUGGGCCAAGGACUACGCCGAUAACUACCUGGACCGUUAUUCAUUCAGAUACAUCAUGGGGCCUUUCAGCCUACUGCCGUCUGCGCUGGUGGAGGAGCUGACGCGGCUGCUGUGCAGCAGAAAGCAGAUGUCCCGGGCAGCUCUGCACCUCCUGCUGGUCCCCCAACUCCGUGGCCUGUCUCUGGGGAAGUGUCCCGGUCUGGUCACCUCCGCUCUCUGUGCCCACAUCACUGCACGUUGCCAGGGUCUGUGGAGUCUGGACCUGUCUGGAGCCCAGCAGCUGCCCUCCAAGCUGCAGUCUGAAACGCUGUGCUGUCUCCCUGCCCUGCGCUCGCUCUCCCUCGCCGGUACACCGUGUGACGGAUGUGUCAUCACAACAAUUGCCCAGCGCUGUCGUUUGCUGCGCCAUCUGGACGUAUCUCGCUGUCCCUCCCUGUCCCCUGCUGCGCUACUUCCUCUCGGAGGCGGGGCCUCCUUUCCGUUCUCUGGCUGUCCGUCUACGUCGGCGCGUUGUACAUCUCGAUCAACAACGGUGUCCUCUUCUCGCUCUGCGCCGCUGCCUGCUCUGCCCCUCCGCAGCCUGCUGGCUCUGGAUAUCGGGUUUGGGAAAGAAGAGGGAGACGCUGUGGCGGCGGCGGCCUACCUGCUCCUCUCCCUGCCCUGCCUGGAGACGGUGGAGCUGGAGGGCCUGGCGCAGGCCUGCUGCCUCCUCCAGCACGGACGCUUCGGACACACGGACAAGUUCACUGACAGAGAAAGAGUUCCCCGGCUGGGGGAGGUGUGGAGGGAGUGGAGGCGCAGGCAGGGCUCGGACAGCUCGAGGGAAAAGAGAGAAGGGGCAGCAGCAGGGGCUGAGGAUGAGGAUGAAGAAGAAGAGGAGGAAGAAGAGGAGGAGGAGGGAGGAGGAGGAGGAGGAGAGGGUAUUGUUGAAUGGGUACGGCUGUGUCUGGACAGUUUAAGUCGUGCGUGUCCAAACGUUUACUCCGUAUCCGUGAACGUCGAGGAGGAUGUAGACGCCAGAGGAGGGAGCCGGGGCUCUCUGUUGGCCGCGGGCCUCUCGGCGUGGGCCGGCCAGCUGCGCAGCCUCUCCGUGCACUUCCCCGGCGCUCUGCUGGAUCUUCUUCCCGCCUUGGGCGUCGCAGGCUCCUCUUUGGUCUCUCUCGCGCUGCAGGGGGUGAAAACCAGCCCUCGCACGCCUCUACUGGAGGCCAUCGAGGCGUGUCCCAGACUCAGAGACCUGCUCAUCUCCGCCGAGGCUCCCACCACCGGCCCACAGGACGAAGAAGACGAGGACGAUCAGCGCGACGAUGAUCGGGGUCUUCCUCGGCUGCCUAACCUCUGCUCUCUCACGCUCCAUUUCUCCUACGAGCACAGCCAAAUGAAGCCCGUCGUGUCCUGGAUAGGCACUAAUUUAUCCUUAACACGCAUCACGCAGACGGACUCGGAUGCGCAUCUCUUCGCAGAUUCCGCGGACUCUCGCGCGUGCCUCGGACCGCUUCGGCGCUAG